AUGCCUCUUCUUCGCAGUGCUAGACGGCUGCGCAGCAAUUUCGGCGAGCUUCCGGAGGACUACGCGGAGGAGUCGCACGACGAGGAGAUCCCGCAGGUCGACAUCGACGAGAUGGUCGAUCUGGCCAACGAGCUCAUGCGCAACGGCAACGGCACCCGCGCCGGGAUCCGUGUGCGCCCCAGAAACAUCGAGCUUGCGCGCGACAUCAUCCUGGAGCACGAGCGGCGCGCGGCCAACGGCACGCCGCGCCGGCUGGACGACCGCCCGCUGUGGAUGAAAGUAGUCGACUCCGUCACAAUCACGCUAUUCCCCAUCAUCUUCAUCCGCAUCGUCAAGAACCUGCUCAGUGUGUCCUCCUUCUCGAUCGAUGUUGUGCAGGACACGUUCGACUACAUUGAAUACGUGCAGGGCGCGGAGCCUGCGCGCGAGAACAGCUCGCUGCUGAUGAAGUUUGGCCAGAUCCUCAUGGCGGAGUUUCCUGGGCUGAGCAACAACGUGCUCAUUGUGCUCACGCUGGUGGUGUUCUACGUCUACACGAUCCUGUUCUCGAUGUUCAUGGUGACGUCGUUUGCGUUUCUGAUCCUGUGUCUGACGUGGUCGCUGGGCAAACGGUGGCAGAGCAUCGAGAAGCUGGUGAUGGGGAUAAUUACGGACGGCGAGGGGUGUAUAUAG